AUGCCAAGAGACCCAACGGAGUCUCCUUGCGCCGAAGGAUGGGAUGAGAAAGAGGAGAAGGAUACGGCUCAGUCGUCCCCGGGUCAGACGUCCCCGGGUCAGUCGUCCCCGGGUCAGACGUCCCCGGGUCAGACGUCCCCGGCUCAGACGUCCCCGGCUCAGACGUCCCCGGCUCAGACGUCCCCGGGUCAGUCGUCCCCGGGUCAGACGUCCCCGGGUCAGACGUCCCCGGCUCAGACGUCCCCGGCUCAGACGUCCCCGGGUCAGUCGUCCCCGGCUCAGACGUCCCCGGCUCAGACGUCCCCGGCUCAGACGUCCCCGGCUCAGACGUCCCCGGCUCAGACGUCCCCGGGUCAGUCGUCCCCGGGUCAGUCGUCCCCGGGUCAGACGUCCCCGGGUCAGUCGUCCCCGGGUCAGACGUCCCCGGGUCAGACGUCCCCGGGUCAGUCGUCCCCGGGUCAGACGUCCCCGGCUCGGACGUCCCCGGCUCGGACGUCCCCGGCUCGGACGUCCCCGGGUCGGACGUCCCCGGGUCGGACGUCCCCGGGUCGGACGUCCCCGGCUCGGUCGUCCCCGGCUCGGACGUCCCCGGCUCAGACGUCCCCGGGUCAGUCGUCCCCGGGUCAGUCGUCCCCGGGUCAGACGUCCCCGGGUCAGACGUCCCCGGCUCAGACGUCCCCGGCUCAGACGUCCCCGGGUCAGACGUCCCCGGGUCAGACGUCCCCGGGUCAGACGUCCCCGGCUCAGACGUCCCCGGGUCAGACGUCCCCGGCUCAGACGUCCCCGGCUCAGACGUCCCCGGCUCAGACGUCCCCGGGUCAGACGUCCCCGGCUCAGACGUCCCCGGCUCAGACGUCCCCGGGUCAGUCGUCCCCGGGUCAGUCGUCCCCGGGUCUGUCGUCCCCGGGUCAGACGUCCCCGGCUCAGACGUCCCCGGGUCAGACGUCCCCGGGUCAGACGUCCCCGGCUCAGACGUCCCCGGCUCAGACGUCCCCGGGUCAGUCGUCCCCGGCUCAGACGUCCCCGGGUCAGACGUCCCCGGGUCAGACGUCCCCGGCUCAGACGUCCCCGGGUCAGACGUCCCCGGGUCAGACGUCCCCGGGUCAGACGUCCCCGGCUCAGACGUCCCCGGGUCAGACGUCCCCGGGUCAGUCGUCCCCGGGUCAGACGUCCCCGGGUCAGACGUCCCCGGGUCAGACGUCCCCUAGAUCUGGGGACAAACAUAAACGCACGGACGCCGCCAGACCGCUGGGGAGCGAAGGAAGAGAAACUCUCCCCGGUGGACCCGUGCCACUGGGGACCGCGGCAUAG